AUGGAUGAUGGUAAAGGUAAGAGGAGGCGAUAAUAAUAGAUCAGUGAUGUGAUAUAUAAGAUGUACCGGUAUACAUACAGUACACUCGGCCAGUGUCAAUAUAUCCAAGUAUAUGGUUGGAGCUCGUUGGAGCAACGAGCAAAGGAGACGUAUAAAAGAAGAAUUUUUGUCCUCCACGAUCUACGAGUUGAAAGAAUCUGGAAAAGCUUUCUAACCUCAUUGAAUGCUCGGAGCAUGUAAACAAACGACCAAGCAGUUAACCGAAAUACUACAACGAUCGCUGUUUACAUUAUUUUUCUUGAAUAUAAUGCAUCGCAUGAAAAGUGUUUAACAAAAUCAUGAGUGUAACGCGGAAUAAUGGGGGUGGUGGAACGAGCGGUGACGGACUCGAAGAUCUGGGAAUUCCCGGUCAAAUAUUUCUACGCGACGCUCUUACGAGCUGUACCGAUCCUCUCAAAGCAAUUGAAGAAUUUCAAUUGGAAAACGGAGUUCUCUUGCCUUCCCUGCGACCAAUGUUGCCCCUGCUCGAUCUUCACGGUGUCCGCAGACUCGAUUUCCACGCAUCCGUUCUCGAGGAACUCGGAGAGAAACUAGUUAAACGAAUCAACGAGAUUGGCAUGGAAAGAAGUGAAAAGAGCGGCGGUGGUAACUCUCAUCAUGACAAAAGACUCAAAGAUUUGUUAUCCAAGAGUUUCUCAGCGGUUCGCGUUGCCGCUCUCAGACCCGUCGUGAUGUGCAUUCUACGCAAUACCCCUCACAUAGACGACAAAUAUCUGAGAGUUUUGGUGCGCGAAAAAGAGUUAUACAGCAGCGCGGAUACAGAAGUCAAACGACAAAUAUGGAAGGACAAUCAAAGCCUUUUUGGGGAUGAAGUAUCGCCGCUUUUCAGCAAAUACAUCAUCGAAAAAGAGCAGGUUCUUUUUGAUCACAGAAACCUCAAUAGUUUAUUCUUCAUGCCAUCCCCCAAGGUGAGACGACAAGGGGAAGUGGUGCAAAAAUUGGCUCACAUGAUAGGUCACAGCGUAAAAUUGUACGACAUGGUGCUUCAAUUUCUGAGAACCCUCUUUCUGAGAACAAAAAACAUUCAUUAUUGCACUCUGAGGGCAGAGCUUCUCAUGGCUCUUCACGACCUCGAGAUUCAGGACAUAAUCUCGGUGGAUCCUUGUCACAAAUUUACCUGGUGUUUGGACGCUUGUAUACGAGAGAAAAACGUUGACGUCAAAAGAUCACGGGAAUUGCAGGGUUUUCUCGACAGUAUACGGCGCGGCCAAGAGCAAGUUUUGGGUGAUCUUAGUAUGACCCUGUGCGAUCCGUAUGCGGUAAACUUCCUUGCGAGUAGCGCAGUAAAAAUAGCCCUCCAUUUGAUAAACGGUGAAUCGAUGCCGCGAGACAAUCCCGUAUUGAUAUUGUUAUUGAGAAUGUUGGCAUUGGGUCUGUCCGCUUGGCAGAUGAUAGAGUCGCAGGACUUUAAGGAACCAAAAUUAGACGCUCAAAUAGUGACAAAAUUUUUACCGGCUCUCAUGUCGCUAAUGGUGGAUGAUCAGAUAAGACAAUUGAACAGUAAGUUACCGCCGGACGAGAGAGCUAGCGCAAUCGCGAUAAUCGAGCACUCGGGACCUCCUCCUGACGCUUGUCAGGCUUACUCACAACUUUCGGGUGUCGCCGCGGUUCUCUCCAUGUAUUAUUCCCUUCACGUCGGCGGAGUUGCGGGCGGUGUGAGCGCAGCAGCCGCCGGAGCAGCCACCGGAGGUGGAAUUCACAGCAAUCAGAGUGGAAAGGCGCGCGGCGAUGCUCGCGGACUCAUGAGAGUUCUCGCCACGCUUCCCAAUUGCCAGGCACAACGAGCAUUCGAGGAUCCUUUUCUCCACACUCUUGUAUCGCUAUUGAUUCUCAAUAUGGCUGACGAAUUUUCCAACGAAUCAUUUUGCACGGUGAUCUUCGAUGAAUUUUUCCUCGCUGGCCUCGGACGUGACAACGUGACUCGGCACCUUCUCAAAUUGCUAUGGUAUAUUUAUCCAAAAUUACCACCAGCGAGACUUCACUCGUUGGUCAAGGCUCUUCAACCGACCAGUCAGCACAACGAGGCGGUACACAGUUUGUAUCAAGCACUGAAUGAGAAAAUUGGAAAUCGAGGAAAGGAAGAUGCUUCGUCGUCCCCGCUUCAGCACGAACGGCUCGGCCUCGAUUCUCCGAAUUCUCCUCUCAAAGGCGUUACCAACAUCGGGACCCAAGGAACCAGCACUUGAAUUCGGUGACGAGUCGCGAUCGUGACGCUUCGUUAAUGAAUGAAAAAUAUGAGAUCGAUUUCUGAUGGUUGACACGUUGAACGGCAAUCCACUUUUAUUUUAUUUUUGUUUGUUUGUUUUUUUUUGUUUUUAUUAUUAUUAUUUUUUAUUUUCAUUUUUACAUAUCAAAGCAGCUUACUAUUCCGUCCGUUCAACUCGAAUCCUCGGUACUUGUCCAAGCAUUGAUCACGUUAUCGAGGUAAUCAGAAUCAAGCUUGUAAGACAUGAGAAUCAUCGAAAUAUACAUCUCUGCUCGUUUAUUGCCAAUUAAA